AUGACUACUCAAGAUGGAGAAUGCCGAACGCCUGAAGUCAAUCUACUUUGGAAACAUAAUCAACGACUACUUUUCGAUUGUCUUGAUGCUCUUGAAGGAGAGAAGACCAUUGUUUGGGACAGAAGUCUCAUGCAGAGAGUGAAUUUGUUCGCAGGUCCUUCCGUGCUGAAGAUGCACGGCGUUGUAAGCAACGUCGCGUUAGAUCAAUUCCGUCCAUUCGAUACUCCUCAUGUGAUCUUUUUCCUUGCUCCGACGUUAGCAGCACUGGAUGGACUUUGUGACUGCAUAGAUAAGGCGAAGGUGGAUACAAAGACACUAUUCGAGGUGUUUUUCAUCCCGGAAGCGUGGUAUGUUGUUAGAGAAAAGUUAAAGGAACUCAAUUCCGGAAAGUACUGGGAACGAUUGGAAUUCGUUCGGGAACUGCCGCUUACAUGGUUGCCACGAGACGGAGACUCAUUGUCGCUUGCGGACCAUGAACUGUCAUCUAGGUUACUAAUUAAUGGUGACUGGACGCAUCUGCAUCGUUGUGCGGUCGCGAUAUAUCAGUUGCUAGCGUUAUGUCCACAGUCGAUCCCAAUUUAUAGUCGCGGCAAAUGGGCGCAGGAUAUAGCUAGAAUGGUGCACAAAAUGGGACCUGUGGAUGGAGAACAGCAAUCUCCACCUCUUCGUCUAAAUAGACUUGUAAUAAUCGACAGAUGGGUUGACCCGCUGACGCCACUUUUACAUCAACUAACCUACGGUGGUAUUCUGGAUGAGAUGUAUGGAAUAGGCAUGGUUGGAUCAAUAAAAGUUCCUCUUGCUGAGUUUGAAAACAACGAUAACACUGAUCCAUUCGCUCUGAAGGAGAUCCAUCUAAAUGAUGAGUUAUUUCACCGGCUUAAAGACGUGCACAUCAACGCAAUCGGCUAUGAGCUGGCCAAAAUCCUUAGCGAGAUCAAGGAUGACGAGCAAUUCGAUCGCGAUCGCAUGUCUGUUGCGGAGUAUCAAGUGCUAGUCAAGAAAAUGCCACAAAUUCUUCUACGGAAAAAGCUCUGUGGUGUGCACAUGCGACUUGCAGAAAUGGCUCGUGCACAUCUCUACGAAAUGUUAGCUGAUUAUAUCAAGGUAGAAAAAGAACUGCUUGACUCAGCAAACAGCGAUAAAACCCAUCCGUUCAUCGAGGAUGCUAUUGUCACUGGUUCCGAUGUGAAUGUGGUGCUUCGUUUGAUCGCCGUACAUGCGCUCGCGGCGAAUUGCCUCAAACCAGGCGUACUUCAACAAUAUAGGAAGACGGUCAUGCAGUCGUUUGGUGUCGAAGCGGCGAAUAAGCUACUGAAGCUGCAGAAGAUGGGUGUGCUACGAGAACGUGGUGGUAGUGGAAAAUUGGCCAGUGACUAUGCGCCGAUGAUGUUUCCACAAAUGAGAAAACAGUACGAUUUGUUACCAGAGAACGUUUCUGAAACAAACGCAGCCGACAGCGCAUACGCAUACAGCAACUACGCUCCUUUGCUUGUUCGAAUACUCGAAGAGGGAGAUCGAGUAAAAUGGACGGGAUGGCACAGGACUUCUGACGGCACAGUUGGAGGAGAUGAUCGCACGGCCGUUUUCAUUGUGGGUGGGGCCACUCGCGCAGAACUUGCCGGAAUCAAGCUUAUGUCAAAUGUCUGUCUAACCUUGACGUCAUCAGUUAUCACUGGUAAUAGACUGCUUGAUAGCAUCACACAAAUUUGA